AUGCAGCAAGAGGGGAUUUCCAAAGGAGUUAGGGUUUUAGGAAGAGGAGAAGAGAGAGGUUCUGAUGAAGCUGAAAUCUCUUCAUUAAAGGCACAUCUUCACCACACUUUCACCAUCAAAGACCUGGGUUUUCUCAAUUACUUUCUUGGAAAUGAAAUCAGUCAGACCCCUGUUGGUUAUAUCCUUACUCAAAGGAAAUCCAGAAAAGAAAUGUUAUCUGACUGUGAGCUUGACAUUUCCAAACCAGCAGUCACUCCCUUUCCUCUGAACCUUAAGCUCACACCAGAAGGAGAGGAUUACCCCAAUGUUGAUCUGUUUAGGUGCUAUGUUGGCAAACUCAACUUUCUUACCCACACCAGACCAGAUCUUGCCUUUGCUGUGCAAUCACUCAGUCAAUUUAUGCACUCCCCUAAGCUUGAUCAUGUUAAAGCUCUCACUCAUACUCUCAGAUAUGUCAAUCAUACAGCAGGUCAAGGGAUCCUUCUCAAGGCUACAUAUCAAUUAACAUUACAAGCUUUUUCUGACUCUGAUUGGGCAGCUUGCUCUUCCACCAGAAGAUCAGUCACAGGCUACAUCCUACUUCUUGGAAAUUCCCCAAUUAGCUGGAAAUCUAAAAAGCAGUCUACAGUUUCAAAAAGCUCUUCUGAGGCAGAAUAUAGAUUAUUGGAAGAUUUAGGCAUCACCAAUCUGAAACCAGUUCAGCUAAACUGCGAUAAUCAAUCAACCCUUCAUAUUGCUAAAAAUCCCAUUUUUCAUGAGAGGACAAAACACAUUGAAGUGGAUUGUCAUUUCACUAGGGGUAAGGUCCUUGAAGGACUUCUCCAACUCAAUUAUCUUCCCACUCAGCACCAGUUAGCUGACAUUUUCACAAAGAUUCUUCCUGGGUGUCAACACAGGAUUCUAUCUUCCAAACUUGGUAUGGUUCAUGCCUUUCCCACACCAAAUUUGAAGGGGGGUGUUGGUGUACAGAGUCCAAGAUCAACAACUAAUCUUUUCACUUCGACUGUCCUCAGUUGCAUCAGUACUACACAGAGGAAGCCACCCCUUAUUCAAGCACAUCAGUAUGCUGCCAAGCCUAACCAUCUUCUAGAAGCUAUGACAUCAGCCUAUCACAUCAGCUCUAACUACCUAUCCUAUAUUUUAGGAAUUCUGUUAGAAGUCUGUUAG